UUCACUUGGAAGCGUCAUAGUCAAUCAUAAAAAAUCUAUUUGUGUGUGUUAAUGUAUCACAAUAAUUGCAAUAAACAGAAAUGUUCGCAAACUGAACAUCAAAAUAAAAUAAAAAUUUCUUUAAAAAAAUAUGUUUAUCUCCACAUUGCAUUGCUAAAUAAUACACACUUGUCUUUUCUUUUGCCUACAGCAUGCCAAAAAUUACCCAUGAAUAAUCAAUAUUUUCGACAAUAAUCACGGUUUUAGUUUUCUGUAUUUUUAUAUAAUUUGGUGGUUGAGUGUGAAUGGCAGUAGUAGUAUGUCGAAAAGUGCACUAAUUGUGCCUCUAUGUACCAUUUUGGACAUAAAAGCCGUCGUAAGAAGUUGGUUGCGCUGCUGUUGGUGUUGUGUUGUGUAGCGAUGUUGGUGACUGUUUGGCUGCUUGACCAGGUCUGCGCGGCACUGGCUCUCCCUCCACCGCCCGUGAAAGACCUCAGCCACUUCAGGAGGGACCGCAGUCUCGCUCAUUACCUUGAUAAUGUACAACUGCUCAUAGAACCAUUAUCGACGCACUGCAGUGGUGUAGAAGAGAUUCCUUUAUUAGCAUUAGUGGCCACUUCACCUUCACGCUACGACCACAGGGCGGUGGUCAGAGAAACAUGGGGGAAGUACCAGCCGACAUAUUUCCUGCUAGGCCUAGACGGAGAUCACGUCGAUGAGGAUUUGGUAUCAACAUAUCUAGAAGCUAAGCUGUAUAGAGACAUGAUAGUGUAUGACUUCCGUGACCACUACCAGAAUCUGACGCUGAAGACGGCGCUGAUGCUGCAGUGGACCCUGGAGAGAUGUCCGCAGGCCAAGCUCCUUUACAAGAUAGAUGAUGAUGUGUUUCUCAAUCCCUGGAGGUUGAAGGAUGUCCUGAAAGAUCACGAGGAUGCGAAGUUGUUAGGAUACAAAAUAUCGAACAACUGGCUACAUCGUGACGAGUAUAACAAAUGGUACAUACCGCGGUGGCUGUUCCCGCGGGACGUCGUCCCGGAAUACUUGAGCGGGCCGGGAUAUAUUUUUAAUACUAAAUACAUUAAUGAAAUCCUGAAGACUGCAAGAAAGAUACCCAUGAUUAAUUUAGAAGAUAUUUAUUUUACAUUUCUAGUGUCUAAAGAGGCCUUAGGAUUAGAAUUAAGUGAUGACAAAAGAAUGAAUGUGUUUAAGCCCCUUUUGCCUUUCAUCUGCAAUUAUUGGUCUCUUGCGUCAGCACACAGCCUGACUCCUCAAGAGUUGGAGACCUUGUGGAAAAGAAUAGAGAAUCUACCAACAAAGAGUAACCCUUGUAGUUUCUAUAAUUAUUUUGAGUUUUUUUGAAGAACUUUAUAUGUGACACUUUUAAAGAAAACUAUAAAUAAUAUUUUACAUGACUUUUUUAUGCUAUCUUGAAAUUAUAACUGCGCUUCAAAAUGAACAAAAAAUUAUGAUACAUUUUGUUUUGUAACAGUUUAUCUUUAUAGGUAUGAUUUAUUAUACGUUUUAUUAUUUUUCUUUUUACUAAUAUUAUAUUGCCAAAGUUUGUGAAAAUGUUUCGAGGUUUGUGUUUGUUAGAAGAAGUAAACGCUGAAAUAGCUCUUUCACUUAAUUUCUAUAUUUCUGUAUUGUAUAUAUAGAAAUUAAGUAAUUUAAAAAGAGAAAGUAUAUUUUGCGUCGUCUCAAAUUAUUUGCUUUUAUAAUAAUUGUAUAUAGUAUUGUCUUUUUAUAAUAUCUUUGUAUCAAUAGAUAUAUUAUUUUUUAGCGUAUAGGACAGCAUGGCAAAUCCAUCUAACUAUGUCAGUCAAAGGAAACAUAACUUUAAGAUGAGAUAACACAAUAAACAUUUUUUGUACUAAAUUAAUCGUCCACCACUGUGAAUAAAUUGUAAGAUAAUAUUUGCCGGCACAACUAGCUUGAUAAAAGAAAAUCAGCCUGUGUAUAUCCGGUUCCAACAGGCCAGCAUAAUUGUGUCGACUGCCAAGGAGUAAUCAUCUCUUGUCAGUGGACAUUCUAUUGGAACCCACUCCACUUACCCUCAGGUGCAGACAGUCACUGUGCCUUGCAAGUAUAAAAAAUGUUAGUGACUAGCUAGGCGAUUGAUUCAGGAUCAUUGAAGUAAUGAGAGAGAUGGAAUGGAUGUUAAUUUUAUAGGAAAGUAUGAAGGAAUAAAUAAUAAUAUUAUAGGACUGUAUAAGGCAAGUAUUUAUUUUUUAUGGGGAUGCAAAGUAUCUGAUGGUAAAUGGUAUAGUGAUUUUUUUUAAAGCAGUUAGUUACUGGGCACUUGCAAAAGGGUUUUGGCGACCAUUUAAAAUCCUGGAGGAAAAGCGAGGAUAAUUUUAAAGAAAUCCCAUCAUCAUCAUGCCUUUUAUAAUACGCCUCGGUGGCGUAGUUGUAUUGUGUGCUCGGUACGGCAGUGCUCUGAGGUCCUGGGUUCGAAUCCUGGGU